GCCAGCAGAAGCACACGUGACCCAGUCGUCCCUCCGCAGAACCAUUAGUUGCCAUCACUGGCCAUCAGUUUGAACAUCUAGCAUAAAACCAUAAGAAACUUGCAUCAAACACCCUAAUCAUGGUCUCAGCAGGAUUUCAGUGGGGGAUCAAACCCCCAGCUCCCUCUUUCGGCUCUAGUGCCACUUCCACAUCCGACUUCCAUAUUGACGUUCCCCGAUACACCCCCAGCAUCCAUCCAGUCGACGCAGCGUCUACGAACGAAUCAAACAUCAAGAAGAGAAGGCUUCUGGACGACGAGUCAAACGCCACAGUGGCCGUAUCCUCUCCCCCAUUUGCAUCUGAGUCCCAGUACAAGUUCUCCCAAAGAAAAGUGCAUAGUCAAGUCUCAUCAAACAAGUUCAAAAAGUCAAAAACUCCAAAGAUUUUGGGUCAAACCUUGCCAGUCACGCGUUUGAUUGAAGUCUUGGACCAGAAAGCAUUACAAAACCUACUCCUUGACCUUGUCCAAAUUCAUCCCGAGAUUGCAUCAACCAUCCACAACAGAUCGCCCAAACCCACAGUCCAAAAUUCGCUCCUGCUUUUGAAAGAAAAGUUCCAGAACAUCAUUUCCCAUCUUCCUUACAAGUGUGACAUUGAAAGCGAUUAUUCCUACCUUAGAGUCAAGUCGCAUUUGAACGAAUUUCUCAACUGUUUGUCUGAUUUUAUCCUUCACUUCUUACCUCCUAUAGAGACUAAUACCCCAAAUUCCCUAAUUUUCCUUGAUCACAUCACUGAUUUAAUCCAUGAGUUGCCAAACUUCACCAACAACGAAUUUCAGUACACCAGACAGCUUGCAUACGAACAAAUCGCCAAUGCAUGGUUUAUAGUGUUGAACCAAAAGAUACAAUACGAAGGUUCUGAGAGCCAAUCCGAUAGCUACUCAGGCUUGGUCAGCAUAGAAAAUUUCGAGGAUCCAGAAAAUUCGUUGAAGUUAAUCAAGAUUAUCGAAGAUUUAAAUUUACAGGAGAAAUUGGAAAAGCAUAACGAACAAUCAAACGGCAAAUUUAAGGUUAUUUUAGAAUUCAUUAAGUCAGAAAUUAAUCUCGUGGAAAUGUUCAACAAUGCCAUGAAUAACUUGAACAAUGGUGCCGAUGGGUCUCCAUCUAAUGUGUUUGGUGACUUGAUCACGGUUGACUACUCCAAGUUCUCUAUUUCUGCUAGAACCUCUCAUUGAUCUGGGAACUUAUCUAUCUAUAUCUCUCUCUAUUCUAAUGGCUAAUAAAUAUACAGCUGCCUAGAAAUUUCCUGGCUCAGUUCAC